UGGUUGACUUGACUUAGUGCGAGGCUCGGACUCGGAGUUGGCAGGACGGGCGUAAGAGACGUGUAAGUACUUGGUAAGUACUCACUCAGUGCUGCUGCCAGAGUGCCGACGCGCUCCCGACCCCGGAUACGACACCGCGCCUUGCACGUGACACGAGCAAGCGCCAUGUCCCCGCGUCGGUGUGCAGCUGGCUGCUGGAGGACGCAACCUCCCUCAGCUCCGCGUGUUGGUCGCACACACCCAUUGCACACGACUUCGCCUGCGCAAUCACCUUCGAGUCCUCGUGUACUCAAAGUACCACUGCAGAGCUGGUUCGUCGUACAAGUGUUCUCAGAGCUCCAGCACGGUGCCUGAGUCGAAUACCAUAGCUUACCAGUGCUGACUGGCCUGAGACGUCCGACUAGCAGGGCCCUUACACGCAACGCGGGCUCUCUUUUAACCUCACGGCGGCCUCCAAACUCAUUCACGCCAACGACUCUACCACUGAUCACUCGCACCAUGUGGGAACGGACGCUGCAGGAUCUCAUCCGCGGCCUGCGCGCGAACAAGAAGGAUGAGAGCAAGUUCAUUGCUCAGGCGAUCGCGGAGAUUAGGCAGGAGAUCAGGAGCAAGGACAUGGAGCUCAAGGCGGGUGCGGUGCUCAAGCUCACAUAUCUAGACAUGCUAGGCUAUGACAUGAGUUGGGCCUCGUUCCAUGUCGUCGAGGUCAUGUCCUCUCCGCGCAUUCACCUCAAGAGCGUCGGGUACCUCGCGGCUGCCGAGUCCUUCACACCGGAGACAGAUGUCUUGAUGCUCACGACAAAUCAGCUGAAGAAAGAUCUCAGCUCCAAGCCAGAAGACGUCGCAGUGACUCUGAAUGGCCUAUCCCACAUCAUAACUCCGGACCUUGCUCGGGACCUCGCGCACGACUUGAUUGCAAUGCUGAACCACUCCCGCGCGCACAUCCGGAAGCGUGCCGUCAUUGCGGUGUACAAAGUCUUCGUCAAAUAUCCGGAGAUCGUUCCAUAUGGGAUUACAAGGCUGCGCGAAAGGCUUGAGGACACGGACCCAGGUGUUAUUGCUGUGACAGUGAAUGUUCUGUGCGAACUCGUCCACCAGAAUCCCAAGGAUUACCUUGCGCUUGCGCCGCAGCUCUUCCAUCUCAUGACAACGUCAUCCAACAAUUGGAUGCUCAUCAAGAUCAUCAAGUUGUUUGGAGCGCUGUCGCCAUACGAACCGCGUCUGGUGAAGAAACUGCAACCUCCGAUCACAGACCUCAUAUCGACAACUCCAGCAAUCUCAUUGCUGUAUGAGUGCGUCCACACAUGCAUUACCGGAGGCAUGCUACAGGGUGCCUCUGGUAAUGCAUUGGCGAGGAUGUGCGUGACAAAGCUCGCUGCGUUCUUGCAGGAUCCAGACCAGAACUUGAAGUACAUUGCGCUACUGGCAAUGACCAAGAUCGUGCCGAGUCACCCAGAGCUAGUAGCUGAAUACCAAGACAUGAUCAUCUCCAGCGUCGAUGACCCAGACAUAAGUAUCCGCAUGAGAACCCUAGAUCUCCUCACCGCUAUGGUCAGCCGCACGAAUCUUCAGACAAUCGUGCAGCAACUUCUCUCCCACUUGGUCCGGCCCGAUACUUCUGCCUCCGGGCUUCCCUCGGCGACGCAGUCCCUCUCGCAGUACCAGUAUCGCACACCGCUCGUGAGCGCCACGCCGAAGUCCACCAACGCGCCGUCGCAAUCGCCGGCGUACCGUCUCACGCUGUCACAUCGGAUCCUUGCGCUCGGAGCACAGGACACGUACGAGAACGUCGUGGACUUCGAGUGGUAUCUCUCCGUACUCGUCGAUCUGGCGUACGUCGCGGGCGUCAACGUCGGCCAGCAGAUCCGCGACCAGCUCGUCGAUAUCGUGGGGCGGGUGAGGGCCGCGCGGCGGUUUGCGGUCCAGCUGAUGCUCAAGGUGCUAACGGACGAGUCGUUCCUCGCGAACGCCCCCGAGGAGGGCAGCUGCUCCGAGAUUCUCUGGGCGGCCGCAUGGAUUUGUGGCGAGCACUGCGGGGAGCUCGCGGAGCCACAGAAGCUACUUCCACACCUCCUACAGCCCGGGCUUGUGGCGCUGGACCCUGAGAUCGUCGCAGUUUACCUGCAGGCUGCGACGAAGGUCUUUGGGUACUGGGCUGCGGAGCAGGCCAACACAUUCGAGACCGACGAUCUACCAAAGGUCAGGGACGCAGUGGACGUGCUACUCGAGCGCGCAGGCGAGUUCGCGACGAGCCCGGACAUCGAAGUGCAGGAGCGGGCCGCCGAGAUGGUCAACCUGUUCACAUUCGUCCGUGCCGAUCUUAGCGCAUACAGGCCGAAGAGCGACGUUGGCAUGGACAUGGCCAUAAGCAUAAGUGCGGGCUUUGGGGGCGGCUUCGGCGACACAGGGUUCGGGGAUAACAAUUCGCUGGAUCCCGGCUUUCCAAAGAGCCUCUAUCUUAUUCGUCCGCUGUUCUCUGCGUACGAGCUCAAUGCCGUCGCGGCGGAGGCGCAGUCGCUCGUGGAAAUCCCAGAGGAUCUCAACCUGGAUGCCUGGAUCGUACCUCCGCCCAGGGAAUUCACCGAGCCUGACGAGUCCGACGAUAUGGUGGAACCCAAAAAGAAGAAGAAAAGCAAAAAGGGCAAGGAGAAGGAGCUAGGCACCGGCAAGAGCAAGGGGAAGAGCAAAAGCAACGGCCAGCCUGAUGCGGGUGACACUGCAGGCACAGCGGCAGCCUCUCGGACUACGGAGACAGCAGAAGAGCGGGCAGAGCGCGAGCGUCGCAAGGCUGAACGACGCGAGCGCCUGCGCGACGACCCAUACUACCUCAUAGAUGACCGGCCAUCCGUGUCAGCCAUCAGCGCAAAUGACGUGGACUCAAUACCGGUGGUCAGGUUGGACGACCUGCCACCGCUCUCACAAGCGGAAAACGCACGUCUCCCGAGCCUGCGGAACCCGAGUCUAUCAUCGGCCCCACAGACGUUCGUGAUUGACAAGACGGGCGAGCUGCCCCAGGGCAGCCUAUCGCGGCCAGUGUCGCGUCCUGUCUCAAGACAAAACAAUAAGGACGAUGCUAACUCUUUGCGGGACGGUGCAUCGCCGGCCGUGGCGCCACCAUCAUUUCCUCCGUACGAAGUCGAGGACGAGAUAGCACGUACUGCCACGCCGCCAAUUAAGGUCACACGAGCGAAGAAGAAGGGGACGUCGAGUGGGAAGAAGAAACGGACAAAGACUGGCGAUACGAGCCCGUUGGCGGAAUGAGCAUAUGACGUGUCA